AUGGCAGUGAUUGACGAAGGGAAGGACAGCUCGGGCGACACCAGCCUGGGUGACAUCACCACGUCCAAGGAAGGUUCAACGAGUCCGGCAGAAAACGGCUCAAAAGAUGAAGAGAAGCAAUCACAAGAAGCGCCAGACAGCUCCGAGACCACUUUGCAACCGGAGGCUCCUCCGCGUGAUAUCAACGACAACACCGUGGUUGCCGACCUACAGCCAGUCAUCAUAUUGGAGUUUGGCAACAUUCAGAAACUCUCAUGGCUCAGCGUUGCCUUUCUUCUCACCGCAACUGCCACCAAUCUGGCUUGGGGCCGCUUGUACAGCCAGUUCAACCCAAAGUGGCUCUACAUUUUCCACGUUGUUCUUUUUGAGGUUGGCUCUGUCAUAUGCGGCGCUGCGCCGACCAUGGAUGUAAUGAUUCUGGGCCGCGCCAUCGCUGGAGCUGGCGGUUCGGGAUUGUAUGUCGGCUGCAUGACACUCAUUUCUACCACCACUACCAUGGCCGAGCGCCCGCUAUAUGUCUCCAGCACCGGUCUCACCUGGGGUCUCGGCAUCGUUCUCGGCCCCGUCAUCGGCGGCGCCUUCAGCGAAUCUUCAGUGGGUUGGCGCUGGGCCUUUUACAUCAACCUUUUUAUCGGCGCCGUGUGCGCACCCUUCUACAUCUUCUUGAUCCCGAGUAAAGACCCUCGCCCCGGCGCGUCGCUUCGCUCUCGUUUUGCCGAGGUGGACUAUGCCGGUUUCACUCUCCAAGCCGGGGCACUCACCGCCUUGAUCCUGGCAGUCAACUUGGGCGGUGUUGUGUAUCCAUGGGACUCUGGCCGCAUCAUUGCGUUGUUUGUUGUUACCGGGGCCUUAUUCAUCAUACUCGGUAUUCAGCAAGUUUUCAACAUCUUCACCACACCCGAUCGGCGCACCAUCCCCAUUCAGUUCUUCCGCUCUCGUUCUGUCCUCAUCCUGUUUGUAGUCUGCGCUACCGGUGGUGCAGGCUCAUUCGUGCCCAUCUACAUGGUACCCAUUUUCUUCCAGUUUACCCGCAAUGACGGCCCAUUGGAUGCCGGUGUCCGGCUGCUUCCCUUCAUUGUCGUGAUGGUAGUUAUUGUCUUCAGCAACGGCGCUCUGAUGCCUAAGCUGGGAUAUUAUAUGCCAUGGUACCUGGUGGGCGGCCUUCUAGUUGUAGUGGGAGGCGCUCUCAUGUACACAGUGGAGCAAGACACGCCCACAAGCCGCGUGUAUGAUUACACGGUGAUCAUCGGCGCUGGAGUGGGCAUGUUUCUACAAGCUUCCUUCUCCGUCGUUCAAACGGUUGUGAAGCCGCUUGAUAUCCCUCCAGCCAUCGGAUUCAUCACUCUGGCCCAAUUCGUGGGAAUCACCCUCUCCUUGGCCAUCGCCAACGCCAUCCUCCUCAACUCCAGCCAAGAUAAGAUUGAACAAAUCUUGCCCAACACACCCUCAGCUGAUAUUCAAGCUGCAAUCCUGGGUGCCCGCUCAAGCCUUGUGCGUGGUCUCUCUGCAGAGCUCAGGACCCGGGUUCUCGAUGCUAUCGUCAAAGCCAUAGAUCAGACAUACACGCUGGUCAUUGCCGCCGGAGGGCUCACCGCUAUUCUGAGUCUCAUCAUGCGGCGUGAGAGACUCUUUGGGGCAAGCACUGGCAUUGCUGCCGCCUGA